AAAAAAUGACGGCAGGGCCAUCUUCUGAAGCUGCAUGGCAACAGGUCUCCAGAAGUGAAGAGAAGGGUUUGAGCCUUCUGGUGAAGAAGAUGUUGGGGAAACCACUCAGUAAAGGAGAACAGAUGUCCAACUGGGAGAAGAGGCCACUGAGGCAGUCACAAAUUAUCUAUGCAGUAAUUCACAGAGACACAAUCAGCAGGAGAGACAAGCGCAUUAUUCUUUCAUCAGGAAAAGCUUAUGAACAGGUCCAGGCCAGCGUUGGUGCCAACAUGUGCUACAGCGUUCCCCACGACAUCAGCGCCAGAGACCAGUGUCUAGAUGUCCUUCAACAUUUUAACAUUCAAGUCACAAGGGAUGACAUUUUCAGCAGAUGUUCGGCCUGUAACUCUGCGGAAUUUGCAAGCAUCCCUAGUGAAGACAUGAAUACUCUCUACAUAUACAACCUUCAUUUGAACAAGCACAGAGCUGUUGGGGGCUGGGGAGAAAGAGAUGUCGGCUCUGUGUGGGGGAACACACCAGUGGAUCUCGACCCAGAUGUACUGUCAAAAUUCUUGAACUAUGGGAUAGACCCAGCAACAAUCACAUUCUUGCACAACGGAGUUAAAAUUCAAGUUGAAACGGUUCCAAAACUGGAGGCAUUUUCCACAAUUACCAUGUUUUAUGUAUGUGUCGUUUGUGGCAAGGUAUUCUGGGAUGGCUCCCAUUUUGACCGAAUCUGCAGCCAGUUUCAAAGCAUUUUGAACUUGAACUCUGCCACUCAGAGUACGGAGGCGGCAGAUUUGUAUGUCAGUGAUGCAGAAAGUGAUGAUAGCUGUAAUUAUGUGUUCUGA